UUUAGGGUUAAUGCGUAAAGGAUUGUUCACAACAGUUAUGGAGACUAGUAGAGUGCCUAUUGAGACCUCUUGGACGUGUGCCGGCAAACCGUUUGUCUAUCUCCGUCUUUUGGGGGCUCUGAUACCCCCAGGAAUUGUCUUUUGGAUUAGCAUUGAACGCUUUGUUGCUGUUUAUGCGUCUGAUUUUUAUAGAAAACAUAUUAUAAAACAGUUGAGAUUUUUUAAAGUUAAAUUUGGAAAGGAUAAUCAAGGUUAA